UGCCCCGGCCCCGCCUGCCCAGAGGCCGCUCCCUCGCCGCUGGCGCCGGGUCCGUACUCAGCUCCGGGAGCAGGAGAACUCCUGCUAUGGACCAGCAGCCCACUGUCCUGUGCAUUUUCCCAGAAUAACAAACAAUGUCCCCAGUGCUCAGAACUUACUGUGUGAGCAGAAGACACAACGGAGCUCAGGACAUCCAAAGCUUGCAAGCUGACCAGAGGACACAGUGUCAAAGGUAAAUGGAAGAUUUGGAGACUAACCUAAUCCAGACACGCAAAGCAUGUAGGAUAGAGCAAAUGGUAGCAAAAUGGCUUCAUCGCUCUCGGGAUGGCUCAGCCAGGGGCAGACCAUCUGUGACAGAUGCCACCAGUGAUGGCAGUGGCCAGCCUUCCAGCCAUGUCAAACUUACUGUCACAGUAUACAAAGAUCUGGUCCUCCAUCACUAUGGCUUUGAGAUUUGUCCAAACCUCCCUCUUACAAUUGCAUCUGUCAUUGCAGGGAGCAGCGCUGAAGGGAAGCUGCAGCCGGGUGACCAGGUCCUCCUGAUUGACUCCACCGACGUGGACAACCUCUCCGUUGAGCAGGCGGCCGACAUCAUCAGGGAGGCCGGUGACCAGCUUCUCCUGACCAUCCUGCGCUGCACAUCGGGUGGGCCUAAGUCAUCGUUUCUUACUGCAGAGAAGAGGGCAAGGCUGAAAACGAACCCUGUGAAGGUGCGGUUUGCAGAGGAGGUGCUGGUGAAUGGACACACACAGGGGAAUUCUCUACUUUGUAUGCCCAACGUUCUCAAGGUAUACUUGGAAAAUGGACAGACAAAAGCUUUCAGGUUUGAGAUGAACACUACUGUGAAGGACAUUGUUCUCACCUUGAAGGAGAAGCUCUCCAUCCGGAGAAUUGCCCACUUUGCCCUUGCCCUGGAGGAGCAGUACAAUGUGGCCAAGAUCCACUUGCUGCAUGAGGAGGAGCUCAUUGAGCAGGUGGUCCAAAAAAGAGAAUCUCAUGACUACCGGUGCCUCUUCAGAGUUUGCUUUGUCCCAAAGGAUCCCUUAGACCUCCUACAGGAAGACCCGGUUGCUUUUGAGUAUCUCUACCUGCAGAGCUGCAGUGAUGUGCUUCAGGAAAGAUUUGCUGUGGAAAUGAAAUGCAGUGUGGCAUUACGCCUGGCUGCUUUGCACAUACAGGAGAGGAUCUACACCUGUGCUCAGUCACAGAAAGUAUCCUUGAAGUACAUUGAGAGGGACUGGGGAAUUGAAAACUUCAUCUCACCAACUUUGCUUCGAAACAUGAGAGGGAAGGAUAUCAAGAAAGCCAUCAGCUAUCACAUGAAGCGGAACCAGCUGCUGCUUGACCCUCGGCAGAAGCAUAGGCUUGCAGCCGUCCAAGUGCGCCUGAGCUACCUGCAGAUACUGGGAGACCUGAAGAUGUACAACGGGAAGAUCUUCAAUGCCACCAUGAUGCUACAGGACAGAGAAUCAUAUGUUGCCUUGCUGGUGGGUGCCAAGUACGGGGUGAGCCAGAUUAUCAAUAAUAAGCUCAACAUCAUAACGAGUCUGGCAGAGUUUGCAAACAUCAGCAGGGUGGAGCUUACAGAGGAAUCUGAAAAAGUGAACACAGUGAAAAUCUACCUGCAGGAUCUGAAGCUGCUGACUCUGCUGAUGGAAUCAAACAGUGCAAAAGAUCUUGUCUGCCUCAUCACUGGCUACUACAGACUCUUUGUGGAUGCAAAUGUCUCCGUGUUUACCUGGGGAGAGAAAAAACAACAACUGCACCGUGUCUCAGCUGAAGAAGGGUAUGAAUCUCGAACCUGCAGUGACUCUGAAGACUCCUGGGAGCUGGAUUCCUCCUCAGAGCAUUGCUUGGAUGCUCCUCUAACAUACAGCAGCCCUCUUCCUGUGUGCAACAAAGAGGAAAUUGGAGAGGUCCACAUCCUGCCAGAGGACAGCUCAAAGUCCCAAGCUGGAGGGCAUGACCAGUGUGAUGGGGGUGACAAUGCAACAGACAGCACAUCGGAGGCUUCAGAUUCAGCCAACACUGAGAGCCGGGGAUUUAAGACCAGUGGCUCCAGUGAUUCUAUGGAUGCAUUGGAGGAAGAUGAGCUGGAAGCUUGUUCUUCCUCCAGACCAUUAUUUAACUUCUACAUGCCAACAGUGCAGGAGAUGAGCAGCUCAGACAAGAGCUUCUUCCCCAUUCAUGCAGCAGAAGGCUCCAGCAAGGGAGAAACUGGAGACUACUUCUGUUUCUUGCAGUUAUUACAUGCAGAGGAGCCUGGCUAUGAAAUCAGCCCCUCUGAGCAGAGAGGAGAGGACAUGGGUGCAUCUGUGCUUGAGACCAAGCUGUCUGAGAGCAGCACAGUGGGCUAUUAUAGCCUGUGCUAUAGCAUAUCUCCUGCAGGCAGCAUGGAGAGGAGUAACAUAAGUCACAGCCCUCGAAGAAGUCCUCAGAGAGAUGGAUCUGACCAGGAAGAGGCAGCAUGUGGAGCAGAGCAGAUGGCAGACACUAGUGACCUUAUUUUGGAGCCACCCCCAGGCUUUGGUGACACCAGCUCUGAGGAGGAGUUCUAUGACGCUGCAGACAGGCUCAGCCCUCCAGAUGCCCAGGCAGCAGGCUGCACCCAGACCUCCCAGGAGGGUGCAGAUAACUCCUGCAUUCCAAAGGAACCCAGGUGCCACAGCUCGGGAGAAAACCUGAUGGCAAGGCAGGCAGCAAGGGAGAAACACAGAAAGGAAAAGGAGUUGACACAUGGAAAGAGUCUGAGGAAGAGGAGAUCCUUCCUGAAAACAGAUUACACCUCUCAGGUCACCUUCCCCUUGGCUCUGCCAGGCCCUCAACAGAACUGCUGCUCUUGGCCACCCCCACCACCACUCUGUGCUCAGACCGCUGCAGAAAGCACCACAAAGGACACAGAGAUGGGGCUGCCCACUGCCACACAUCCCCGGGGAGACACUGCUAGCAUCAGCCACUCCUCUGACCUGAUGGAAAUGGAGCCCGACACCAUGGAAACCAAAUCAGUGACUGAUGCUGUCAUUUCUUCCAUUUCAGCUGUUUGUCCACAGGGUGCCCCACAGGGGAAGGAGAUUGCAGGGGUUGCCAUACAUGUGGAUAGUGGACUCCAAUCUAGAUGUGCUGUACACCCAUCUCCCCUCUCUCUGGAGGAAGCUGAGCCCCUUCCUAAGGGACAAAAAGGAACAACUGCCCAAGAAAGUUCCUCUAUGAAGGCAAAUUCUGGGUGGCUGAGUGAGGAGAGCCGUGUGGCCAUGGGAGGCUGGCUGGCCCAGCAGGCACUGGAGGAAGAGGGUGAGAUGACAGCAGCCCAGCACAAGGCUGGUGAGGUACCCCCACUGGUGGGACAAGAGGGGACCUGCCCUGCUAAGGAACACACACUGCCACCCUCUGCUCCCAGUGUGGCCUCUCCCCAGGAGGUGGUCCAGGACCAGGGACCAUUGCCCAUUGCUGGGUGGCAAGCAGCAUGUGAGGAGCCUGCCUCUGCUCACUGUAAAGAAACUCAAGGUCCUGGUGACAGCUGUGCUGGGAGCAGCAGUGACAGUGCCUUGGCACAGGCAAGAAGCAGACAGGUGGUAAGCAAGGACACCUUGUGGAAGGUGCAUAGUAAAAAUCAUGUGGGUUUUCCAGAUGCAACCCAGCUCUUAAUAGACAGCAGCAGCACUUCAGGGGUUAUAACUCGCCUCUCCUGGCUCUCCUUUGGGAUAAGGACAAAUCUGGUAUCACCCAGCCCAUCUCAGGAAAGGGUGGAUGUUCCAGUAGAGCUUUUGGCCUCCCAGAAGACCAGUAGGUGCCUGGAGGAUGAUGCUGUCAGAAGGGAGAUGCUAACUUCCCCAGCUGGACCACCCUUUGAGAAAGAGUUGGCAAGCAGCCAAGGGCUGGAUGAAGGAAAGCCUGGAAAGAACAUAGGAACUGAACAGCCACAGCCUGUUCAGACUCCUCUUGCCAAGGAACAGGCUACUGAGGUAGAGAAAGACUCUCCUCUCACUCCAUCUGUAGGGCUUUCCACCUCCUCAGGCCCAGUUCCCUUGCACUCACUGGGUAAAAGAGCAGAAAACCAUGAGGGAUCAAAACACUCUUUCCUCUGCUUUAGCCACAAGAAGGAUGAGCAGACCCCAUCUGACCCCAUCAUGACCAGAUCCUUCGAUUUUUCCACAGUAAAGAAGACAUCUGCGCCACAGCUUGGGACAGAGAAAUGCAGCUGUCAGCUGUCCUAUGUUAGCUGUUUCCACAGGCCUAAUGAUAUGGGGGAACAUGAAACCACCAUGCCCAUGUGCAGUAUGUUUCUGAGGCCUCUCACCACCCCACCAACCAGCAGCUGCAUUCUUCCUGGGACCCCUGUGGGCAGUUAUCCAGUCUCCACUGCUAGAGACAUGGAAUGGUGGGCCCCUCAUGUAAGAACCCUCAGCCAGCUGAAGGACCAGGCAUGGAUGAGCUCUGCAGAUGUCUCCUGCUUCCUAGCCUAUACCACAGAGCUUCAGAAGGUUGUAGAGAAGCUGUCUGGGAACCAAGCAGCCCACCUGCAAGAUCAAUGUGCAGAGCAGUGUGCUGAGAGCAAGGAUGCCAUUGGCUUAGCCUCCCGAGACCUGCUGUCCAGCUGCCAGGAGCUCCUGAAAACAGAGCGGCCCCUCAUAGAGCUGCAGGGUGUGCUGAGGGUGACAUUUGACCACCUGGUUCAGCUGGCAGUGGCCUGCUUCCAGGUGACACACUGCGAGCUCUGCAGGCAGAGGCAGCAGGACCUUGAGGCAGCACUUGUGGAUGUGGUGGGCACCUACCAGCAGCUUGUGCAGACUGUUCACCAGCAGCUUUGCCUGCAAGGCUGCCCAGAUCUGGGUGCCAAGCUCCUCACCCGCCAGCACACAGCCCUCACAGCUGCCUUGUUCUGCCUGCUGCAGCAGUUCAGGGUUCCCCUGUUGUGAUGGGGGCACAUGGGUGCUUUGGGUGGGAUGAUGCCAGACAUCUUCCCUCAGUCCACUACCAGGCUCUUUGCCCUGUGGGUUUUAAUCCCUACAGCUCCAGCAUGGUCACAGAAGGAUGUGUCCGUGGCUGUUGGCUUAACUCCACCAAGAGCUGCCCUGUCCAGGGGGUGGUCAGGGGGAAGGGCAUUCUGAUCUCCAGCCCAGCUCCAUUUAUGCUGUGUACGCAAUCUGUAUGUCAUACGCAAACUCUUAGGAGUGCUUAGUCAUGUAUCUUGCCUAGGGCUUGUCCCUCACUUCCCAGAGGCCUUGCAGGUGGACAGUCUCAGGGUGUUGUCUUACAAACAGGAGAAAGGCAGGAGCCUUUUGGCCUGCAUUGCCUCCUACUCACUCUCCAGGCAGGCUGAAUUAGGGUGAUGGCAAAUCCCACCCUGGCCUGACAUUAAGGAAGUCGGGCUGCUCUGUCAACCUUCUGUGGCUUCUGUGUCUGAACUUGUAAUGGAAAGCUAAUUGGGGAUACUAUAUUUACUGCUUUUCCUUGCAAGAGCUGGAGAGGGUUGUCCCAGGCAAGGGAAGAACCACAUCAUUUUGCUCUCCUGAUGUGGUGUCUGUGUAUCAGCCAGUUUGAUCUGCUGAUGCUUGAGAAAGUCCCUGAUAACUGCACCGUGCUACUUACCAAUCCACGUCUUCCAGAAGGAAUGAGUACCCCAGGACUGAAAUGCCACCCUCUCAGCUGUGGAGCUGCCCUGGGAUGCUGGCCUGCCUGGGGGAGGGCAACCCCCUCUUCCCAGCCUCCUUAGUAGCUCUUCUGUCCUGUACAGUACAUCCCUAGCUUGGGGUGAGGUUUUCCACCACAGGUGGUCAAGCUGUGCAGCCUCCGUGCUGGAGGUACAACCUCAGCCCUGGCUGAUGAAGAGGGCAGGGGCAGGUCCCUCAUUUCUGGUGUCUGACUUAGGGGCUUGUUUGGAAGCAGCAGUUUUCUCCAAGGGACACCUGUAGCAGGUCAGUUUCCACAGCUGCCUAUGCUCAGGAUGCAGGAGUCUGCUGAGCCACACCACAUCCCACACAGCCCCAAGGCAGUGUGGGGACAUGAUAGUUCUGUGGCUUGGUAACACUGGUGGGAGGCCACCCCUCAUUUUUCUGCUCAUUCUUUAAUGUUUCCAGAGGGAGCAAAUGAUAAGUCUUUACAACUGUACUCUGGUGUGGGAGAGG